AUGUCAUCAAAUAGUACAUCUCCGGUUGCAAGUGAAUCAAAUAAUUCAUCUAGUACAGGAACUGCAUGUGAUGAUCGAACAUGUUCCACAGCUAAAUGUGUAUUAUGUCUUCAUUGUUCUCAACAAUAUUGUUUCGUUCAUUUUCUUAAACAUAAUGAACAAUUAUCACUUAAUGCUUAUAAUUUUACAUUAGCUAUUGAUCAACUUGAAGAACAAAUAAAAAAUCUUAAAUUAGAUGAAUCCCUUCGUCGAACAAUAUAUUCACUUGAUCAAUGGCGUAAAAAUUUAAUUCAAACCAUUGAAUAUGUUUAUCAAGAAAAACUUUCAUCAAUUAAAGCAAAUUAUAUGCAAUUAAGUAAUUAUUUACAACAAUUUCAAUUUGAACAAUCAUCACAUAUUCAAACAUUAAGAAUUGAUCUUGAACAAAUGAAAUUUGUUCGUAGUACUUAUGAUCAAGAAAUGGAUAAAAUUCAAACGACAAUAAAACAAUUACAAAAUAAUUUUUCUGAACUUCAAUAUGAUUUACAAUUAAAAGAACGUCAAACACCAAAUAUCUAUGAUUCAAUUGAAUGUGAAGUAGUAUGGAAACGAGAUCGAAUAGAACAUAGUCAAAAUUCAAUAAUUGGCGAUGGAAGUGAAGAAGAUGAUGAUGAUGUACUUGAUUAUUCUACAACAGGGACAUCACCACCACCAUCAUCAACACCAAGUUCAACAUCCUAUGAACAUUGUUUACUUUCAUUUCUUAUUGGAAAUGAUUCACUAACAUCAACAACAAAUAAAGAUGAGAAAAUACUUUCGUCAGAUAUUAAAAAAAUUUUACCAAUUAAAAAACAAUUAUUAAUUGAGAAAAAACAAAUGAAUAAUACAACAACAAUGAUAUUAAAUAAUAAUAAUAAAAAGAGAAGAAUAUGUAUGAGUUGUGGAAAAUGCUAUCAUCCAAGUAGUUUACAACGACAUUAUCGUCAAUGUAAACGUCAAUCUACUUCUUCAAAAUUACUGGAUGAAACAACAUUAAAAACAGUUACAAAUAUGAUACAUCAACAAUCGAAUUCAGUUGAUACUUAG